AAGAGGGUUAGCUCACAGGCUAGUUAGCGGUUAGCUCACAGGCUAGUUAGCGGUUAGCUCAUAGGCUAGCUAGCGGUUAGCUCACAGGCUAGCUAGCGGUUAGCUCACAGGCUAGUUAGCGGUUAGCUCCCCGGAGCUACAUGCUAACUAGCGGCUAGUUAGCUCGUAGCCUGGCACCGGAGCUGGCAGGCUAACGCUUACCAGCUGGCUUAGCCGCUCGGUUUGGCUCCUUUUUCUUUGUCCCUCUUGAGCUAGCUCGCUACUCACCGGUGCUAGCUCUCUGUUUUUUUUUUUUUUAACAUAUAUGUAUUUAAAGAGUGGACGUCGAGCAACGUCGCGUUAAAGUAGCCCAACGGACAGUUAGCUCGGGUUUGAAAGCAUUCUGGAGGGAAUCUACGGCCCGAUGCUGCUGAGAGACCUUGAUUUAUUCGAUGACUGUGAACCUGACGAGGUGGAUGACUGGUCUGUAGAAGCAAACUGCUCUCAGUGUUCAUUCUGCAACCUUCCCCUGGAGAAACUUAGUGAUCAAGUACCUUCAGCCACGUCGCCCCUCUCCUCGCCCUCUGAUUACUCUCCCUGUCAGGCUCCAACCAUCUCUGAGAGCAGCCAAUCAGCGCACAGGUUCCUCCAAGCUGUGUUUCACAAGAAAGAUGUGCCGCACGGCUGCGAUCCCAACAUCCCUCUGGUUGCCCAGGAGCUCAUGAAGAAGAUGAUACAUCGCUUUGCCUUGGAGUACGCGUCCAAGUGCCUGCUCCACACCAGUACAAAUGGUGUUACAACAAGGACCUCAUCACCUUUGUCAGAGACAUCAGAUGCCCCUCUGGACCUCACAGUGAGCCGAACCCAGGAGGAGAAAGAGAAUGAAAGUGAACCAGAUGGCGUGCUCGACCUCUCCAACAGGAACUCUGCCUGCUCAGCAACUUCAUCAACAUCCUUAUCUAAUCACAAAGCCUCAGGCUCUGCCCUGCUGCCAUCACUUGCUGAAGGAUUGGGGGAUCUGGGACAACAAAGGACUAAGUGUCGUCAGAGCUCAGCGUUGGAUGCUGUUCUCAGCUCACUCUGCCCAUCACACAGUUCCUUACUCUACCAGAUUCUGAAGCUGGCACACAAGGAGAAAUUGCUGUUGUUGCUUAAACACAGACCUGCAGGUCAAACUGAAUCUCACUGCUGUCAUUGUGGCGUUAACCCACAGGAUAAUGUUACUCCUAAUGCAGUCUCAUUUAGUGAAUGUAAAGCCCAUAACAGCAGCUUGUACUACCCUUUAACUAAUUGUGAUCAUCAAGGUUGUGGCAGCACAAUGUAUCAUGCAGGAGACUGCAAAUCCAAUUGUAGCAUCCAUCACUACCCUUUAACAAACUGUAAAAGUGAAGCUCCUCAGGGCUCAAGCUUCUGCUGUUUGCAGAGGUCCAAGAUGGAAACCUACACUGUUCUUUGCCCCAAGAGGCUGCACUGCAUUUCCUGCCAAGGCCUGGCUCUAGGUCAUAUCAACAACAUAGUGAGUUCAUUUCCAUCCUCUCCUCCGUCAUCUAAAUCCCCUUCACUGUGCACUCCCUCCUCCAGCUUAUGCCCUUCCUCAUCGAUCUGCUGUAACCAACACAACCCCCACUCUUGUCCCUGUUAUUCAAACCUUGCCUGUCUGACACAGGUCAAGAUCACAAAAGAAAGAGCGGUUGGAGAUGGGGAUCCUCCCUGUCCUGUCUUGAAGAGAGAGCAGAGCCCCUCUCCUCCUCCUCUAUCCCCUAUCGCCCCAGACAUCAAUAAGAAAACUGAUGAAAAGCCACCCUCCCUCCUUCACCAUCGACAAGAGGAGGAAGCUGACCUAAUGGUCAAAGAUGGCUUUGUGAAUGCAAGCCACCAGGAAGCACUCAUGGAUACAGGUACAGAAGAGGAGCAGGGGUGUAGGACCCCAAGAAGUAGUCGGGCUGAGCAGAACCCAAGUGGGACUUUACUACAAGAUGUCGUGAAUCGCUUCAGUGAGAAACUGGAGACAAUCAGACCUGUAGAGAAAGACCCACCUUCAGUUUCAACAGUAAUUUAUGUCUCUGAAAGGGAGCUGCCACAGACUCCCUCAACCAGUCAGAACUUGCAGUUUCAUGCUGAUGCCCACCUGACUGAAAUCAUCACCACGGUGCUUCAUACAGGCAGUGCUAGUGACUACAAUCUCAGUGAGCUGUUCAAUCGCCAUGAUAGCAAAGAGCCCAAGUCACCUAAUACUCGCUCCCGUCGUCGUCAAGAAGUCCUUGCUGCCAUGGCAACGCCUGCUGAUGACGCUUCAACCAGAAGACAAACUUUACAAAUUAAACGAGAGCUUGCCAUGUUGGACCAGUCUUACAGUAGGAGAAAGGGGCCAGCAGCAAAGAGAGCAAGAUUUAAAGAUGAAAAUACUGUAACUACAUUAAACACUUUGUCGGAUUCAAACCUAGUUAAAGAGGAGUCUAAAAGAGAAGUGGAUGUAGGGGUGGAACCUUUAGAAAAUCAUAGAGUUGGGGAGGGACCACUGAACCACAUUCUCACUGCAGAAAGUGACAGGGAAGAAGUAAAAGAAGAGAUACAGACAGUUAUAGUAGCAGAAGAAUUUCAGAUCAUUAAAGUAGAGAAGAAAGAAAGUGAGAUAUGCAGUGAGGAAAAAGAUCUUUCUCUCCCAGGCACUCAAAUACCGACCCCUGAACUGCAGAGCAAGAAUGACAAACAAGGGUCAAAGGGUGACGGUGUGCAAACACAGGCGAUGACAGCAACCUCAACAAGUAACUGUAGCAAACCCUGUAAAGGAGACAGUAAGGGUAGCAGUGCUGGAAGUGAUAGGAACCAUAAAGGAGCCCCAUCAGGCCAAAGUUCUGACUGUAAAAAGAGACCAGAUGAUGGUAAAGAUUGUCAUUGUCCUAAAGGGCGGAAGAAAUCUCAAUCACACCACUCAGAUGAUUCAAGGAGAUCCAGGAGAAACAUAGUCCCUCCACAGCGGUUCUCCUCCUAUGUCACAGAGCCCAGGCAGAUGUUCUUUGCUGCAUGUUUCUCUGGAGGCAUCUUUACUCAGAAAACACGAAAGGAUAAAGCAUUGACAUCUAGCACCCUGGAUGCCUUAUCCAAAGAUCCAGAUGCUAAGGACAACCAGCAAGAAUCCAGCCCUCUGUCAUCACCUGAGCACACCUUUGAAUCAACACAUGGAGAACAAUGUCAACCGUCUUUCAAAGAGUCAAAUGAAAACCAGGUAAUUACACAUAAUGCGCCUGCCAAAGAGAAAAGUCCUGCAAGAAACAUCUCAGACAGUGGGACAGAUGGCAGCGACUGUAGUGCCAAACCUUUAGGAAGGCUACGAUCAUCUCCAAAAAGACUACAGUACACAAAGACCACUUCAAGAACUCCCAAAAACACAUCAAAUAUGGAUGUCACCAUUAAGCCUGCUCCCUGUGUUGAGAGCCCUCCAAACUCCCAACUCCAGUACACUAGUCCAAUUAAGCUCAUGUUUGUAUCACCAGUUAGGGAUAAGGAAGGAGUCAGAUACAGUCUCAAAUCAGCCGGGUCUGGUUCUAGUGGACAAGCAGAGGAACCUUUUGAUCCAUGCGAAGAGUCGUCAUGGUCAGGGACACCUCAGAUACACAAGAGUCAGAGCACUAAAUCUGCUACUUCACGAGUAAAAUCUGGCUCUUCACCACUAAAGUCUGCUACCUCACCUGCAAGAUCUGCUUUUUCACCUCCCAAGUCUGCUUCUUUACCAUCCAAGUCUGCUUCUUCACCAUCCAAGUCUGCUUCUUCCCCAUCCAAGUCUGCUUCUUCACCAGCCAAGUCUGCUUCUUCACCUCCCAAGUCUGCAUCUACAUCACCCAAGUCUGCUUCCUCAAAACCCAAGUCUGCUUCUUCCCCAUCCAAGUCUGCUUCUUCCCCAUCCAAGUCUGCUUCUUCCCCAUCCAAGUCUGCUUCUUCACCAUCCAAGUCUGCUUCAUCACCAUCCAAGUCUGCUUCAUCACCAGCGAAGUCUGCUUCCUCGACACCCAAGUCAGCUUCUUCGCCAAGGAAGUCGUCAUCUUCGCCAAGGAAGUCGCCAUCUUCGCCAAGGAAGUCGCCAUCUUCACCAGCCAAGUCUGCCUCUUCACCGAAGUCAGCUUCCGCUUCACCUAAACAAAGUACCAGAAGAUCAGGCGAAGGUACUCCAACUAAGCGUGUUGCUGGAACUGAGAGCCACAGAUCAUCAGGUGAGGUACUGUCUCUCCACGAAACUACUCCUCCAAAAAGGCGCCCAGGUCGGCCAAAGAAGCUGGGACCACAGCUAGAGCAAAAAGUGAAGAGGCCGAUUGGUCGGCCGCGUAAGGAGAAGGCUGUCGAUUCAGAAGUGGGGGCAAAAACUGUAAAUGGAAAAUCCGAUGUACCAUCGGACGUUGAGGAAAAUGUAAACAAAAACCUCAAAAUAACAGUAGUGUAUGGCCGCUCAAGAAGAAAUAAACGAACCGUGUCUGAGGGCUUUGAUCAGCUGCAAACAGAAUUCCACGAUGCUUGUCAAGCAGUGGGCCUUAAAAGUGACUUGGGCAUUUUAAUGCACAACUCUAACACCAGCUCAGGUAGUAUCAAAACAUCCUCAACGGAAUUGCCAGAGAAAUUACAUUUGGCCAACCCUGUGAAAGAGUCUGCACCUCAAACUAACUGUAACAUCAAAUGCCAGAAGCGGGAUGAUUCUGUACCCUCAAGGAAACCAGGUCGACCUGCAAAAGUUAAAAUCUCUGGAAUCUCAGUUACAGUAACCACAGUGUCACCUCGACAACGUAAAAUUCAGAUAAAUAAGGAUACUCGGCAGUCUCCUGAAAGGCUAAUCCGUAAGAAAUUACUUGUACCAGAAUUCAGAUCUGCCAAAGAGCCUUGGACAAUCAGUCGUCAAUCAACGAGCAAAAGCAGUCUUUUGGAGGAAGGGAUAGAAACGAAGGAUGAAAGUAAAGAAAAACUGCCAAAUCAGCCUGUAGCAGUGCGUCACUCAAUGAGAGUGAGAAAGCCCUCGAUGCACUUUCUGCACGCUGUUGCCACCUCCAUGUCUAGAUCAUACAGCCACAGUAACGCUCUACUACGGCGCUCUAAACAACUCCUGCUGAACAAGGCCAGCAAUGAAAGGAAGCAAGCAGAGCUACAGAGUAGUGUUCAAACUUUAGUGGAGAAGAGACCGCUCUGUGGACAAGAGCAGGAGAACAUCUCUCAGGACCUGAACAGAGUGGCAAGCAUGUCUGUAGACUCAAUCUUUACCCCAGAAGAGACACUGAAGUGGUGGGCAGCAUCGGCUGAGGAAAACACUAUGAACCAGGAGCUUGCCAGGCGAAUACGACACAUCUCUGACACUUGGGUCUCGGACACAGUGGAGAACCAAGAAAAGGAAAUCGCCUUAAAUUCUAAACUAGGCACUAAAGGCAACAGGAAGUCAAAACAAUCCUCUGUGGUACGAACACUGUUCGACUGUCCUCCUAAUAAACCAAGGUCCUGCAGCAUGCAGCAGCUCUGCUCAUGGUUUAUGCAGACCACGGAGACACAGUCUCUAGGUAUUGUCAAGAAGGCAAGCUCCCGUAAUCCUUACGAACUUAUGCACUUCCCUCGUUCUACCAAUAAUAAAAGUGUUUGCCACAGUCCUCAGGCAGAGCGACUCCGCAAACAUAUCAAGAAAUUUGCCAAAACAGUGCCCAAAAGUCCUCUGCAACAUCAACAGGCACAGAGAAGGCUGAGGAAGAGAAAUGAGGGAUCUCCAUCGACGCAUAAUGUUAAGCGACAACUUUUCGCACUGGGGUGUGCAACAGGCAGGCUCAGUCAGACAGCCCAAUGGAAGAGAUACAGAGCAUUUCUAAAAUACCAGACCACUCUGUUUAGAGCAAGGACAAGAUUUCUGAACCGGAGAGAAAGGGAGAGAUGGCGAAAGAGGCAGAGGAAUAGGAUAAGCAUAAAGGUAGCUACAGGCUGUUUAAAUGGACAUGUAGUGACUGGACUACAACCAAAUCCUAACGCAUUAAACAGAUCAGCAAAAUAUCGGUUAUCUGACUGUUUGGAGGACAGUUCUGCCACCGGUUCUGUUGACCAAACUCAGGAGCCCGUGGACGUACCCAAAGAGCAGAAUCUCUGCUCUAAAGCCUGGAGUCCUGAGACGCUGAAGGAAUGCCGGGUGUUUCUGAGAAAGAUCAACUCUCCAGACAACGAAUCAACUGAGGAAGAGUGGGACUCCUGUACUGUGACACUGGAUAAUGGGUCACCUUCUGCAUACCUCUUCGCAGGAAGGACGAGAGAACUGGUAGGUGUUGUUAAAGCUGUGAAAACUAAAAGAAAGCAGAGCAUGAAUAGGACUGCCUCAAGAGAGUUAGCAGGUUCUGCACCUAAGUCAGUCCAGGAGCAGGAUGAGAUGCCAGCAGGGAGGCAGAAAGGCAAAUACAAAAGUCCAGGGGUUGUGUCUACUGAACAACCACAACCACCACCAGCGAAAAUGUUAAGACAAUCGCGAAUGAGGGGCCUGACCGGGCCAAGAUGGUGCGACUUUGUGUUUGAAAACUAAAUGAAGCAAGAGGGCCUCCUCCGACCUGGGAAAGGGACUGUGGUUCAACGUGGUGCCUUUGGACAUUGAGCUGACCACGUGGACUGACCAUCCCACUAUGGUUCAGUCUUACACUCAGCAAUUAUGUAGCAGUCUAACUUAACAAAAGCUUGAUGUUGCACUAUUUUUAUCCAUGGAUAUGUAUGUACAGAAUGUCUGAUUUUUCUUUUUUUUGUCAACUUGCCUUUGUCUUUCUGAACGUGUAUAGUUGAUCCAAUCAUUAUGUCGAACAGAGUUUUAAUGGGAUAAACAGUGAGCCGUCAGAGUGGCUGUAUUGGAAGGAAAGACUAAGCUUGACUGCGUAAAGACAGUGCCAUCUCCCCCAAAAACAUACCUCAUUAUCAAGGCCGCCACUUCUCAAUUUUAUUCUCAAACCAGUAACAAACCUAAACCCACCUUUUUUAUUUUAUUUAUUGUUACUUUGGCACUGUUUAAAUCCUAAUUUUUUAAGAUUUGAUAGACGUAUAUUGAAAUUUACUGGCGUCUUCUCCAUCCGAGCUUCGCUUGCAAUAUUUCUUCACUGAUGCUUCAGCCACUGUUGUUGCAUUGCAAGGCAAUGGUUGCCAAAACUGUAGUUCAAAUGAAGGAAGCUUUACCCCCCCCCAGUCACUAUCUGUGUUUUGGCCUCCCCUCCCCAAAUACAAAUUUAUGUAACUACAGUAAUUGGCCAUCAAUCUGUACUAAAGCCAGAUACUUCUGCCAUUAUUUCUUUUAUUUUUCAAACAAUAUUUGCAUGUCGUAGCACCAAACUGCAAUCAGCACAAACUAAAUAACUACAUAUAUAUAAAUGGCAUUAUGCAGUUGUAGAACGUAGAUUCUGAUUCGUCGGUCGGUUUGUGGGAUCUGUCUUGUUUUGAUUCAGUUAUCUUCAUGUGAUUUGUCUCGUUUUCACCCAAAGCAUAUACUGUAUGUCGGUGUCGGAGCUACUUCUUGCACUAUUCCAUCUGAGAUUAUUAACCCCCCCACUACACAGAUUCCUUCCCCCAUAUUUUGCACAUCCCAUGUCCCACUACCAAACCCUACUGUAAAACUAGAGAGUAUAUUUGGUGCAAUACAAACCCAGAUGAUUUAUCAGUAUGUAGUAAUUAUUUUAUUGCUGACAGACGAAUGGAUGUACGCAAGUACCAAUGGCCUGGGAUGUUACUUCAGUCGUUUCCAUAGCCAUGUAAUGUGAUCUUAAAGGAUACUGCUAUACAAAUGUUUUUUUUUUUUGUUCCCACCUGCUUUGUUCUCCUCGAUGAAGCGGAAAAAUAACAAAUCCUUAAUUGUUAUAAUAGCAUUAUUGUUUUUUUUUUAAUCAAACGUACUAGCAUUAUUUACAGUUUAAAAUGCAGGUGGGAAAUGUGUUGCUGUUGUUUCCUACCUCCACUGGGGCUCAGCUAGGCCUACUGCUCUUUUGCUUAUCAGCUGUGCGAUAUAGACGAGGCCAGACAAAGACGAUCGAUAAAACACUAAUCUUGGAUCGAUGUUUUGUUUUUUUUUCCCUGCCCUCUAAAGCUCCAAGAUGUCUGGCUGUAGGUCAAAACUUAAAACGAAAACCCUGUAGUGUGUACUCGUGUGUCUGACUACCCCUUUGUACGUGUGUCACUAUGGUUGCCAUUUCAACACGAUGGAGGUAAGGUGGCUCAAGUCUUGUGAUAAAUAACCAUCAGCCCUCUGUUGAAGAACCUGGUGCUAAACAUCUGUUGUAUAUUUUCUUUUUCAUGUGUUUUUAUACUGUCCGUUACAGACGCAUCAAAGACGUGUCUGUGAUUGGAACAAUAAAGAGUCUUUUGAAAUAA